GCACCAUUUUUUUUUUUUUUUUCAUUCGUUUGUUCGGUGUAAGGCCGUGUUUGGGUCUUGCAGGAAAUGUCAAUGGGGACAGACUCAACAUGGGUGGGAAAGAAGCCGCUGAGGCGCAUCGGAGGCAUGUCCGAUGCUCUCUCCAUCGCUGCCGAUCUCGGCUUCUCUGUUCCCCCUCCUCCUACUCAGGAAGAAAUCCAGAACUUAUCCACUACUACUGGUGAGAAAGGUGAUGACUUGAUAAGGGUCUUAAGAGAACUUACCACCGUACAAAGAAAAAUAGCAGAUCUGCAAGUGGAACUUCAAGGUCGAAAGGAUGAUAAAAACGUGUCACAUUUGACACAUGUGAGUGAAAUGGAAAAGAAGAUUGAGACUUUGGCAAGGAUUACUACUAUAUUGAAAGAUGUCAUUCAGAAUAAGGAUCGCAUCAUAGCUCGUCUUCAACAGCCAUAUUCACUAGAUUGCAUCCCAGUGGAAGCAGAAUAUCAGAAACAAUUCUCUGAAUUACUUAUGAAGGCUGCUAGUGACUAUGGUGCCUUGACAACAUCAGUUGCAGAUUUUCAAUGGAGUCAGAACUUUAAGGAGCCUCCUUCAGUAUGGGGGGAAAUGCUUCGCCCUAUUCCAGUUGCUUUAGCAUCAUGCACCCGAUUUUUUGAGGCCAUGUCUGCAAUGAGAGAAUCGUUUGCAACACUUCAAAAUCUGAGAAUGGGUCAUUCCAAUUCCUCCUUACCCACAACACCAGCCAAGGAUGCCUCCCAAAGAGUGCCAGGGGAGUCCGACUGUGUGACUCCACCUCCUUGGAGAAAUGAACCAAGCUUUGAUGACUUAGCUAGUAGAAGCCUAAGGAGGCAAGAAAUUGAGCAGCAAGAAGCAGAGGAUGAAAACAGUGAGGUGUCUGAUUUUAAUCAAGUUGAUGGGGCGAGCCAUAGGAGAUUGUCUUGGCCUCCCUCAGUUAAAAAGAGUGGAAUUUAAUCCGCAUAAGGUGAAUAUCUUUGUAUGUCUUGUUGUAGUAAAUGUUCAUUAGCAGCAUCUUUCACCUUGAAGUAAACCCAUUCAUUUGUGCAGUAAUACAUAUUUUUAUAUUAUCAAGUAUUUUUGAA